AUGUCGCUGAAGGCAAUCAUUGCGACGUGGGCUCGUCGCGUGUGCGACCCGCGCGACACCAAGGCGGCGUGGGCCGUCGCACGGCUGCUUCUGAUCGCAGAGGCGGUGCUGUGUUCCGCGAUCAUCGCAAAAGUCCCCUGUGCGUCUCUCGUCAUUGCCUCGCCUUUGCUGCUCCUCGUCACUGCCGCUCUCCGACAUUGCCGCUCGCCGUCCGUCACCUCAUUCACACCUGCCGUGUGGUUCUUCUCUCGCUCCUACACCAAGAUAGACUGGGAUGCGUACAUGGCGCAAGUCACGGGCUUUCAGCACGGCGAGCGGGAUUACUCUAAGCUGGAGGGAAGGAGACACGACACCAAGAUAGACUGGGACGCGUACAUGGCACAAGUCACGGGCUUUCAGCACGGCGAGCGAGAUUACACCAAGCUAGAGGGCGACACAGGCCCUCUCGUCUACCCUGCUGGCUUCCUCCUCUCCUUCUCUGCUCUCAAGUGGAUUACGGGAGGGCUUGUCGCAAAUGCUCAGGUGGCCUUCCUCGUCCUCUAUCUCAUCAACCUGCUUAUGGUCUUUGCUAUCUACAUUCGCACACAGGCGGUGCCCCCAUGGGCCCUCGUCCUCCUCUGUCUCUCCAAGCGCGUACACUCCAUCUUCCUGCUCCGCCUCUUCAACGACUGCCUCGCCAUGGCCUUCCUGCACGCCUCACUGCUCAGACUGCAAUCGUCCCGAUGGAUCCCCGCAGUUCUGCUAUUCAGUGCAGGCGUGUCAGUCAAGAUGAACGUGCUUCUCUUCCUCCCUCCGCUGCUUGUCAUCAUGGCAAAGACCCUUCCUUUGGUUCAAAUAGUGGCUCUUCUUGGGGCAGCAGUCGGCUUUCAGCUCCUGGUUGGCUGGCCAUUCAUCAGCACCUUCCCUCAAGCCUACUUUGGUCGCGCAUUCGACCUCGGACGCGUCUUCAUCCACUUCUGGUCUGUCAACUUCAAGUUUGUCCCCGAGUCAAUCUUUACCCGGCCAUUGCAUCCUGACCACAUCACAUACCUUAUGCUAGUUGGAAACUUCAUUGGAAUCUUCUGUGCUCGCAGCCUGCACUACCAGUUCUACUCCUGGUACUACUUCUCUAUCCCAUACCUCCUAUGGAUUUCUCCUCUACCCACACCACUUAGAGAGUUUGGUCCUUCCCAGCCACUCCCUCGGCCUAUCCCAUCCAAAGAUUCAUGGAGCGCAGAGAAUUCCAUCUUCCCUGUCCCCUAA